UAUUCCACCUUAAGUAAAAAAAAGGGGAGAGAAUCAUUAGUAAGUCAGGGGAAGGAACUAAAGCUGAUUGCUCGUUCCUGACAGCAAUACAGGAACUGCCAGGGAUACAGACUGUGAACUGCCCAUGACUCUGACAGAGGCUGCAAGUAAACCAGGACGUUACCACAUUCACCUAUUCAGGGGAUCCUCUUCUAUAUCUAUCAUCUUGUAACUAGAAAUAGUCAGGGACAUAUUUGCAAUUUUGCAUGAACGGAGACAAAAGACCGUAUUUCGUUAGCAGAGGCCAGUAAUAUUACUGCGCUGCAAGAGAUUCCCUGAGAAGUCCCUGGUGGACGAUUAUUUUUAUUAGUUACAUCUGCUACACUGUUCUGUAUUUUUGCUCUGCAGAGACCCACUGCUGCCCGAGGCAGGAGCUCUCCUGGCUGAAGCGGUGCCAGGGUGAGAUACCUCUGAACAUUGUAACUUUGUACAGCUGCACGUUCUGUCCGUGCUCAUCCCUAGAAGGAUGAUGCUCUGGUUGUGUGUGUGCUCGGUGCUGUGCUCACUGGCUUCUUCUGAACGUCCCCUGGAGUGGUUCAGCGCUCUUGUGCGCACCGAGUACACCGAACCGCUCACUAACACUACUGUUGUGGGAACCACGGAGAGCGGCCGCUAUGGGGACAGUUCCCCUAAGGAAACCGUACAGGGCUUGGUAGGUUUCCCCCGCCUUCCUGGCCAAAUGGAGGGCUGCCAUGCGGAUACUCAGUAUGCAGUGCCGGGGGUAACUGGGGACGCUGAUGGUUCGCAGCCCUGGAUAGCUCUGGUUGCCCGGGGAGGUUGCACCUUUACGGAGAAGGUAUUUAAUGCUGCCCGCAGGAAAGCAUUGGCCGUGGUCAUCUACAAUGAGGCAAAGAAUGGGAACAGCACCGUGCCCAUGUCACACGAAGGUACAGCAAACACUGUUGUAAUCAUGGUGAGUUACCCAAAGGGAAUGGAAAUUAUGGAGCCCCUCAGAAGAAAUAUACCAGUAAACAUGGUGAUCACUCUAGGCACGCGCCACGUGCAGGAGUUUAUCAGCGGCCAGUCGGUUGUGUUUGUUGCCAUUGCAUUUAUCACCAUGAUGAUCAUCUCCCUUGCGUGGCUGAUAUUUUAUUACAUACAACGAUUCCUGUACACUGGAACACAGUUUGGAAAUCAGUGCAACCGAAAAAAUACCAAGAAAGCAAUAAGUCAGCUUCAGCUACACAAAGUAAAGAAGGAAGACAAGGGAAUUGACAUAGAUGCGGAAAACUGUGCAGUGUGCAUUGAAAAUUACAAACCUAAGGACAUUGUUCGCAUUCUGCCUUGCAAACAUAUUUUCCAUCGCCUCUGUAUAGAUCCAUGGUUGCUUGAACACAGAACUUGUCCUAUGUGCAAGCUGGAUGUCAUCAGAGCCCUUGGUUUCUGGGUGGAGCCUGAAGACACUUUACAACUUGGAGUCCCUGAAUUUGUUGCAGACAACAGCCUUUCUGUGGGGACUUUCAGAAUUAUCCAUGAGGAGAACAGGAGUGAAGUAAACAGCUUGCCUUCCUCGUCUACGGGAGACUCUUUACAGCAGUGUAAUAGUGCCAAGGAAGACGCUGGGGAGACAACUGCUCUGCUAGAUGAUCCUAACAGUGACAGUGCGACAGCAGAGCACAACUCUCAUUAACCUUGCUUACUGGAGACUUUUGGAAUAGACUGCUCUAUAACUAUUUUAUUUUUUUAUUUCAAAUGGUUUAGUAAAACCAAAAAAGUGAACUUUUAAAUAAAACUAAAAUGUGGAGAAAAAAAACUAUUUUCUCUGAAUAUUCUAUGGAAGUAGUGAUAAAAUACUUUGUAACAAAGGAAGAGAUUUUCAAAGCUCUGAUUGGCAGAUACCUGCAUCGAGUGACUUUAUUGGAGCUUAGUGGGCUGUCCCAUUCUUGAUCCUUUUUUUUUUUUUUUUCUUGGUGCAUCAGGAAUUUAAAAGACUACACAUUUCUUUACCACAGUGGACUUCAUGGUGAUACAAGAGCUACAUAUUCUUUUAUAUUUAAAAUAUUAUCUUACAGUUGCAACAGAAUCACAAUAAUAACGAUGGAAGGACCUGAUCCCACAAUAUUUAAAAUUGUGUAGACGUCUGUAACGCAUCCUUUGUUUAUUCAUCAGUCUUAUAAUAUGACAUUAUAGCUGAUUGUUUUUUUCCUUUCUCGGGAAACUGUAUAUUGGCAGUGGUGAAACAAAUUGUAUUUUCUCCAUUACAAAUGUGGUACAGUCUUAAGUGCUAUCUAACAUAUGGUUGUUUUACUGUUUUUUUGAGUAAGAACAUUUUCUUUCUCUUUUGGAAUUUGUUGAUGAUCUGAAGUUAUGAUAAUCUGUAAAAGCAGGUUGGACUUGACUCACUAUCAGAAAUAUCUUUUUGUAGAAUCAGAUUUGCAAACACAAAACGUUGGUUGCGUGGGUAAACAAUUUACACUUUUUUGUUUGUUUGUUUAAAUAGCCUUUAUGUCAUUUAAAAAUGGCAGUUCCACAGUUGGAGUCAACAUAUGUAUUAACAUGAAAUGCACAUACUGAGAAAUUCUACAGCAGGAUUAGUAGACUUGUUUCUAAGGUAAAAUUAUUUGGACAAAAACUGUUAAAAAGGUCUUUGUUUACAAUAAAUACAUAUUCAGACAUAUAAUAAACAAUGGCAUCAUUAUGUACCGCAAUGAAAAUAUAAAAAUAGAGAAUAAA